UAACCGCUGGGACUUUCCCGCAAGUAUUCUGCAUUACGUCAUACGGCCAAUAAAUACCAGUGCAGAUUCCUUCCACCGCCAUUCUUGCAAAUGCAUUCUUCAGUCAUGCCUUCUUCCACUGCUGUUCGAGUGUGCGCUCUGCUUCUCGUCGUGUUCAUGGUGCAGAACUCGGGGGCAUAUGGCUUAUAUCCAGGAUUAGAAAAGAAAGGUUUUUGUCCUCUAUUCCCAGCGCCUCCUCCUCCCAGCGGCCUCUCUCAACACACACCGGAUGGAUUUGAAGGUUGUCAGAGUGAUUAUGAGUGUGAAGGUAAUCUUAAAUGCUGUACGGCUGGAAUCUGCUGUUUCAGAUUUUGUACUGAGCCGCUGGAUAAACCCAUGGGAUAGAGCCACAAUGUCUAUUUAAUACCUUUGUCUGCAAAGGGAGUGCUGGAGCAAACUGCUCUCUCGAUACCCGAACAUUAUUUCAGGAUGAUUCAUUGACCAUACCAUGUGUUUGCAAUUAUGGAGUUGCAAUAACUAGUUCAUACUAC